CUAGCGAUUGGAUUCGGUUGCCUCGACCCGCCUUAGUAGUCGUAGCCUGGCUCAUCGCUAUUUCAUCAAGGCACUCGGUCAUCGACGAUUUAAUUAUUCUUUCCUCCUCUCCCCACUCUUUUCUCCGACAGAUUCAAUUCCCUUUGCCCAGCAGCUUCGACCCGUUGUCAAGAAAGAGGCGGAGAAGACGUGCAGAGAGAGAGAGGGUCACAGACACAGCCCGCCUUGGCAGAGGGCGAUUUAUUUUAUUUUUUUGCUUUGGCCGCCCAAAGGACGGAUGCUCGCUUUCCACUGGGCGUGAUUCUCGCCCCUCGCCCAUUUGCUGUGCACAGCCAGCCAGCCACUUUGCCGCCGCUCUCUUAAGUCGUCACAGUUUCCCGGCAUUCGCCCUCGACCUCGCCCUCGCCACCUCUUAUUGGCUUCACCAGUCCCUUGUCCCCCCCUACACCAUCCUCUGCGCCAUCCGUCAAAGCGGCCCAAGAUGACAGACGAGGACAGCAAGCCGGUCCUGCCGACGAUCAUCACGACCGAGUCGGCGACGAGUGGCGAGGCUCAAGGUGCGGUGGCGGCCUCUACUUCUUCAUCCUCGGGGCACAACCAUGGCCGCAACUUUAGCAUCAGCAGCACGGGUGGCGGUGGCGGUGCAGGCGGUGGGAGUGGGAGCACGAGUCAUCCGGGGCAUGCGAGAAAAGCCAGCCUCCAGGUGCCAGGGGCGACGGCAGUCGAGCAGGACAGAGACGUCGUUCCUUCGUCCCCCACCCUCAGCGCCACGUCUGAUUUUUCUUCGGCUGGUCCCAGCGAAGGGAGCGCCUUUCGAACUGCACUUGCACUCCGGGACAACGAUCCACGCAUUCAGCACGGUCGGCAGGUCAGCAUCGCGAGUGCAUUCACAAACGAGACGAGCCAGCCUUCCAAGGACCCGCGAUCGUCUCCAACCACAACCACCGCCGCCGCUGCGGAAGAAGACGGCGGCAAAAAGAGGAACCCACGUAAAGAGAUUGAGAGCCUGGAGACGGAGAACACAUCGGCCUGGGCAAGGCUCAAGAUGCGUCUGGCCGGCCACACGAGACAGGGAAGGCGGCUGGCCCAAGCGAAGGCGCUCGAGGAGGCAAAGAAGCGCGAGCGGGAAAUGGACCCCAGCCCGUUUCCUCACCGUCCCGUCGAGCUGGCCGACCUCAUUGAUCCAAAGAGCGUGGCCAAGCUGCGCGACAUGGGUGGCGUCAAAGGCCUCGUUGCUGCUCUCGGCACCGACCCUCACAAUGGCCUCAGCAUGGGCGCCCAGGGAAGCGACGGCGACAGCGACAUUGAAGCAGUCGAUGAUUCGGGCUUUGUCCGCGCAUCGGAAGCCGACAGGCAGCGCGUCUACGGCCGCAACAUGCUUCCUCAGCGAAAGAGCAAAAGUCUGCUUCUACUCAUGUGGCUCGCCCUCCAGGACAAGAUUCUCAUCCUCCUCUGCAUUGCGGCCGUCGUCUCCCUCUCUCUCGGGCUCUACUCCGACUUUGGCACACCCGAGGACUACGAUGAGACGUGCCCCAACCCACCUCCGGGCGCACCGGGCUGUCCUCUGCCCAAAGUCGAAUGGGUCGAGGGCGUGGCCAUCCUCGUCGCCGUCGUCAUUGUCGAUGUUGUUGGCUCCCUCAAUGACUGGCAAAAGGAGCGCCAGUUCAAGAAGCUCAAUGCGCAAAAGGAGGAGCGAGAAGUCAAGGUUAUUCGCGGUGGCAAUCCGGCGCUGCUCAAUGUCCACGAGCUCCAGGUCGGUGAUAUCCUUCAGCUGGAGCCUGGCGAGGUGAUUCCCGUCGAUGGCGUCUUUCUCCGCGGCCACAAUGUCAAAUGUGACGAAUCGGGUGCCACGGGCGAGUCGGACAUGAUCCGCAAAGUGUCCUACGAAGAGUGCCUGGCCGAUCUGGAGGCGCAUGAGAGGACGGGUGAGAAACUGCCUCGGCGCGAUUGCUUCCUCUUGUCGGGAUCUAGGGUGCUCGAGGGCGUGGGCGAAUACGUCGUCAUCGCCGUCGGGACGAGCAGCUUCAAUGGCAAGCUCAUGAUGGCGCUGAGGACCGACAGCGAGAUGACGCCUUUGCAGGCUAAGCUCAACCGACUGGCCGAAAUCAUUGCCUAUGCCGGCGGCGGUGCCGGUAUUGUGCUCUUUGUCGCGUUGAUGAUUCGAUUCUUGAUCCAAAUCACAAGGCCUAGUGACAUGGGGACACCCGACGAAAAGGCGGAGAAAUUCAUCGACAUUCUCAUCCAAGCCGUCGUCAUUGUCGUCGUAGCCGUGCCCGAAGGACUACCCCUGGCAACAACGCUGGCCCUGGCAUUUGCGACGAAGCGCAUGACCAAGGAGAACUUAUUGGUGCGACUGCUUUCGGCCUGCGAGACUAGCGCAAAUUGCAGUGUCAUUUGCACCGACAAGACCGGCACGCUUACGCAGAACGAGAUGGCCGUGGUAGCGGGCAGUAUCGGUGUUCACCUCAAGUUCGCCUACAACCUCGAAGAGAACAAGGGUCGAGUCGACACAAAUGCCCAGGAAAAGGUCGUCGAGGAAAAGGACAAGCGUGCAUCUCAGCUGUCGAUUCCCCAGACGCUGCAGAUGCGGACAGGCCGAAAGGACUGGGCUGUGGACCAGCACGAGCUCAACGAGGCCAUAAGCGAGCCGCUUCAGACUCUCUUCAACGAUGCCAUUGCAAUCAACUCGACUGCGUUUGAAGAGGAGCCCAAGGUCGCACAGGAGGAAGAGGUGGUGCCCUUGCCGUCCUUUCUCAAACGCGUCGCCGGCUUGUUUAGUAAGGUCAAGGCGAAGGAGCAGGAGUCUUCCGAGGUUAGCUUUGUUGGCUCCAAGACGGAGACGGCAUUACUCAAGAUGGCCAAAGAGCUCGGGUGGGAGAAUUACAGAGAGGCACGAGAGAAGCACGAGGUGGUGACUAGCUUCCCAUUCAGUUCCGAGCGCAAGGCAAUGGCCGUUGUUGUUCGUCGAGCAGACGGAGGUUACCGUCUCUUUACCAAGGGAGCAAGCGAGAUUCUGAGCAGCCUAUGCUCUCGUCACGUCAAAGUUGAGCUGCCCGUGGAGGGUCAAGCACCUAGCUCUACCAUCGAGACGGAGGAGUUUGACGAGGAAUCUCGAGACAAUGUGGCCAAGACGAUCAUCUUCUACGCCAACCAGACGCUUCGCACCAUUGCAGUUUGCUAUCGCGACUUUGAGUCGUGGCCGCCUCAGGACGCCCAGUUCGACGAGGACGGCGUCAUCACGUACAACAGCCUUGCCAAGGACAUGACGCUUAUUGCCAUUACCGGCAUCGAAGACCCCCUCCGUCCCGGCGUCAGGAAUGCCGUCGCGACGUGCGGCAAGGCGGGUGUACAGGUCAAAAUGUGCACCGGUGACAAUGCGCUCACAGCUCGGUCGAUUGCAACGCAGUGCGGCAUCUACACGCCCGGCGGCAUCAUUAUGGAGGGUCCUGUGUUCCGAAAACUGGCGGAAUCCGAGAUGAUGAUGGUCGUCCCCCGAUUGCAGGUCCUCGCUCGGUGCAGCCCUGAGGACAAAAAGAUCCUCGUCCAGUGCCUCAAGAACAUGGAUCACGUCGUCGGUGUCACAGGCGACGGAACCAAUGACGCACCUGCCUUGAAGACGGCCAACGUGGGGUUCAGCAUGGGCAUCGCCGGUACAGAGGUCGCUCGAGAAGCAUCGGACAUUAUCCUCAUGGACGACAACUUCGAGAGCAUCGUCACGGCCAUUAUGUGGGGCCGCAGUGUCAACGACGCCGUGCGACGCUUCCUUCAAUUCCAACUGUCGGUCAAUAUCGGCGCCGUCGGCAUCACGUUCAUCACAGCCGUUGCAGAUGACGGCGAGUCGAGCGUCUUCUCGGCGGUGCAGCUGCUCUGGAUCAACCUCAUCAUGGACACUCUUGCCGCCCUCGCCCUCGCGACAGACCCAGCGUCGCCCGAGCUUCUGGACCGCAAGCCAGACAGACGCGAUGCACCACUCAUCUCGACAGAUAUGUGGAAGAUGAUCGUUGGCCAGUCCAUCUACCAAUUUGCUCUCAUUCUUGUGCUCAAUUUUGCAGGCUAUUCGAUUUUGGGCCUCGACCCGAACUUUGGCGAGGACCAGCGCAGUCUACGCGCUCUCAUCUUCAACCUCUACGUCUGGUGCCAGCUCUUCAACCAGGUCAACUGCCGCAGCCUGACACGAGACCUGAAUUUCUUCAAGAAGCUCCACCGCAACUACUGGUUCAUGGGCAUCAUCCUCAUCGAAAUCGGGCUGCAGAUCCUGAUUUCGUACAAGGGCGGACAAGCCUUCAGCGUUGUGCCACUCCGUUCGCGCGAUUGGGGCAUCACAAUCAUCGGCGGGAUCAUCUCGUGGCCCGUCGGAGUACUCAUUCGCUUGAUCCCAACAAAGCCGAUUGACAAGACCCUGAUCAAACUGGGCCUCAUGCCCGACCCAGACGCCUUGCCGAAGCAUUCACCACGCUCCAACACCUUCCUGCAGUCCGAGGCGGAGAAGACCAAGGCGGAAUGGGAGGAGCCGGCCAUCGGCCAGGUCGCGGAGAAGCUCUCUACGUUUGCGAGACUGCGCGGAGGUCGAUCGAGGCUCGUCCCACUGGGCAAGAGCCGAGCGAAGAAGAUGAGAGAGGCAGACGUCCACCCGCAGAGCCUAAUGGUGCUCGUACCAGCGCUGAUCGGCGCCAGCGUCGGAGGUGGCUGGCGACCAACAAAUCCGCCAGAAGCGAGUGUCAAGGACCCGAGCGCGGGUGAUCCCAGCGUCAGCUCCUGGCAGCUCUAUCAGGGCGGCCAUAUCCAGGUUCACCCAGAGACAGAUGCCAAGGAUGAUUUCUUGGAGAAGCUCAAGGGUGGUAAAUAAUCUCGGUGCUGGCUAGCUUGAUUGAAUAUAGAAACAUAAUGCCGCCUUCCCAUACCCUUGCCCUUGUGUGCGGGGGGAGACGAAGUAUCCUGGAGGAGCGCUUCGUGGCCCCAGAACCACUGCUCCGUUCUCAAACUUGUAAAUUACAUUGAUUGUACAGAUUGAAAGUAUCACACUACUCCCU